ACUCUGUACGGCGGGUGGACACUUCAGCCAGAGUUGUUGGCAGAUAAUUAGUGGAAUAUGAGGUGUUAGUGAUGUUCCAAUUUUCUUCUUGUGACUUGGAGUCCUUCGUGCACUGUGCGGCCCACCGACUCGCCUAAGUCUCGCGUUGAUCUUUUCCCCCGUAUCGCAUGAAACACCUUUUUGAUUGGACACUGCCGAGACUGCGCAGGUGCAAAACGGAAAAUAAUUUGCCCGCGCUCAAUGAAUUUUUCGCAAAAAUUCCUCGUCAUACAGAGACAGAUAUAUUGCUGAGGUGAUGGUGUCUAUCCCCGAGUCAUCGACGAUACCCAUGUGAUUGCGACCACGCUCAAAAAUUAAAAGAAACUUGAUUAAUCAAUUGGAUCCCGCUGAUUUCCCCCAAAAACUCAAAAUUCACCCUGAUAAAUAAAUAACGAACUUUCAUUCUUUUUUUCAAUUUUCAUUUUGGCACCGUCUUGAGGUGCGACCUGGUUUUGUGGAAAAGGAUAAAAGUUGUGGACGGCGCAAUCCCUAGGAAGAGCUGACAGUGAUGCUGGCGGGCGGGUUAGAGGAAGCAAUGUCUGGGUGUAAGCCCCGAGCCACUGAUUUCUCCAUUGCGGCUAUCAUGUCCCGCGGGUCGGCGGCGGCCGCCGCGGCCGCUGCAGCAGCUGCGUCGGGUCUCAGGCACACCACGUCCCCGGGGUUGCCUUUGGAGAAACUCACCGAGACGAGCAUCAAGUCCGAGGACGAACUGGACGAUGCAGCCGACAUCGACGCCGAGGACAUCGACAUCGAACUCGUUUCGGACAAAGACGACUGUGACCUCGACAGCAGCAAGGACCCACUCGACCGACCGGGGUCGAAAUCUCCGGAGUCGACCUCGUCCGAGUCCCACUCGGCCAGCAAGGAGUCGGAGAAGCCCGCUAAACUCGAAAUGAAAACGAAGGGAAACUGUCCCGAACUCGAGACCAUCGACUGCCACCUGGAGACCAAAGAGCUGUGGGAGAAGUUCUUCGAACUCGGGACGGAGAUGAUCAUCACCAAGACUGGAAGGAGAAUGUUCCCUACUGUGCGAGCCUCCUUCACUGGACUUAAAUCCGAGCAGAGAUACGCAGUCUUGUUGGACAUCGUCCCCGUAGACAACAAACGUUACAGAUACGCUUACCACCGAUCGUCGUGGCUAGUGGCCGGAAAAGCAGACCCACCUCCGCCAUACCGGCUGUAUCCGCAUCCGGACUCUCCCUACACCGGCGACCAACUCAAGAAACAGAUCGUCUCGUUCGAGAAAGUCAAACUUACCAACAACGAGAUGGACAAACACGGACAUAUCGUCCUGAAUUCCAUGCACCGUUACCAGCCUCGCAUCCACCUGGUGCGCCUGAAGGAAGGGUUCUCGGGUCCCAUCACCGACCUGGAACAAGAGGACCACCGCACUUACAUCUUCCCGCAGACGGUCUUCACGGCGGUCACCGCCUACCAGAACCAGCUCAUCACCAAACUCAAGAUCGACAGCAAUCCCUUCGCCAAGGGCUUCAGGGACUCCUCCAGGCUCACCGAUUUCGAAAGAGACACGAUGGAAUCCAUGUUAGUGGACCCAAGAUACCUAGGGGCGCCUCUCAGGGGAUACCUGGACGUGGAUGCCGAAAAUAACAACCUGCUGGAGAAGGCCCGCGCCCAACUGAUGUGGGAUCGCUUAGCUGCCAUCACCGGGGGGCCUCCCGGAGCUUCGGGAACACCGCCCCAAGUAGCUGCUGCAGCAGCGGCCGCGGCUGCCGGUCUCCUGCCGCCUUCGAUGCCCCAACUCUACACUCUCAACCCGUCUCGGGGCAACCCCUCCCCGCUACCGCUGCCGGCUCAUUUGUGGACUCAGUGGACGGCGCUACACGGGCUCAACGCCCCCAAUCCAGCCCUUCCCCAUCUUUCGUCGCCUCACACAUCGACGGCCAGCCACCUGACCCAUUCGGCACUGUCGGCAGCUCCUUCGUCUUCGUCGGCAUCGAUAUCUCAGGCAGCGGCGGCCGCAGCCCUCACCCGGCCGCUCUUCCCCGCCCCUCUGAACCUCCACCGGUACUCUCCUUACUUCCUGCCGAAGACGUCCCCUUCGGAUCCCAGAGACCACACACUGCCAGACCACCAAUCCUAGAGGCUAACGUCCGCGCACGGAUAGGAAGUUUGAACAGAGAUGGCCCCUCCCGUUAUCGUCUUCGUUGAAGUCACUGGUGCCUAAGAUGACGAAGGACUUAGCUAACUUUUGUGACCCUUUGGAAUAAUGGCAACGAUGAUGAUAAUGACUACGGUUUUAAGAUGCCUGAAUCAUUCCCUUCCUCCCACCCUUAGUAUUCAUGGCUGGACCGAUGAAGCAAUCUCAUCUCUUAUACCUUCUGCAGGAGGCACUUUUUGUUGUUAUCCUGAUUUUUUUGUUAAGUGAAAGAGCCCCCUCCCCCACCCCCCUUUAGUGUUGUAUGGAGCGUGUAAAAGGUAGCUCGUAAGGACGGCCCAUACAUAAGGAAACCACUGGUGAAGUUUGGUACCUCUCCCCGCGUUAGUGUGAUACUAGAAGUUCAAAUUACCAUCGUCUUAAUUAAGGCUUGUUAGCACUGGAACCAAGUACUCUCUUUCCUGAAGGUCUUGCCUGUGGGUUCUCCAGAACGAUGGAAGUGGGUAUAUCCAGAACUAUUUCGAUAAGAGUAUUCACAGACAAUGUCGUGACAUACCGCUCCAACGAGCUAUGUAAGACCAUGCACAGUCUAAAGAAAAUCUCUUGGUGACUGACUUCAGAAAGUGGUCGGAAAAGAUGGUGAUGUCUGGACAUUCUUUCUCUGUGACAACGGUGUCUCCAUUAUGGUAAUAAUUCUCAACAUAAUGGAUUUAGGAUGGCCAUCACAUUAUUAAGAAAUGUGUUAAUAUAGACAUGGCUGAGUUAACGGAAAAGGCCAAAAUUCUUGGCAGACUUUAAUUGCUUUGGAAUGAAGCUUUUAACUAGCCGUAGAAUUCAGACUUCGUUGGAGUGAUUACAGGCAACUGCAGAGUGGCACAAGAUAAACAAUCGUGUAAUAAACAGUGUUGUUAAUAUAUUUGGAAAGCAUUAGUACUCAGGUUAAGGAUGAUGACCUCAUUAAGAUAUCACAUAAUUAUUAUAAUUAUUUACUGGUUCCCUUGUUAUGAUUCUCAAGCAAAGUUUUAUAGGAGUUGACUUAUUAUUUAUUUUUAUUUUGUUUCAACCUCAAAAAAAUGUUAUUUCCUUAAAAGAGAGAUUUUGGGUUUUCGUGUUGAUUAUUUUUUUUCUUUUCCACGGAUGAGAUUCCAAGCUUUAAGUUUUAUUGUCACGUUUGUUCCAAUAACAAAUCUAUUAGUGUACAGUUUCUCGCCUCAGGGCUUUGUUUAAAAAAGAAGUAAAAUUUGUACGUAUUGCCUCUUGUGUGCGUGUUUGUGUGUAUGUAUGUGUGAUAACCUUUUUAUACUGAUGCAUAUCUGACAUGUGUAUGUGCGUAUUAUAUGUGCCUGUAUUGUGAUGAUCAUUUGUAAACAAACUGAAGGGUAGAUGAUGAUUAUUUCAUGAAUGAAAAAAAAAACGACGGUUUUAAUCGUUUCUCUUCGGACGGUUUCCUCUCACUUCAUAACCUUCCAUUACUCUGAAGACGUCUUUUCUGUAUUUCAUUUCGCUGGUAAGGAGAAUUUAGAUUCAAUGACGAGUUACGUAUAAUGUUCAUUUAGAAGUCUAUGUAAGUAUGGCGAGGUAGUCAGUCAUGCUGGAUAACGGACAAACUCGAUACAAUCUUAUCAACAGGUUUUAAUGAAGAUGAUGUCUGCGGUGUGGGAAACAUCCAUUUGUUUAAACCUGUCUCCAUCCAGACGAGGCGAGCUGAUUAUUUCUAGUCGUUUCCAGCUGUGGUCGUGGCGGAACGCGUCAGCCGCAGUGGAAAUGAUAAGGUCGUCUGUUUCCGUUAAUCUGCUUUGCGUGAAUCAAGAGAAAUACAAGCUUCUAUUAACUGUGGCACUGUAUAGCACAACGGCUGCGUGUACACCUCUGAAAUUUAUUGCAACGUUUAUAUACUCAAUUAAUGUGACAUAUCUACAGUGGCAGUUCAGGACCAUCUGUUGUGUCAUUCGGAUAUUAUUUGGUGAAAAAUCCAAUUUGCUAAUAGGCAAGAAGCUGAGAUCUGAAUAAAUGUAACGUUUAUUGCUAUGUUCUGUUCUCUAAAAGCAAAAUUCUACCCUGGAGAAAUAAAAAGGAAUCAUGUAUCCAUUUGCAUAUUGCAACGCAGCCUUAGGAAAAUUACAGUCAAUUUCUUGUUGGCCAUGUCUUAAGGAGUCUAAUCAUAGGAAGGGACUGCAAUCGUAAUUAUGAAUAAUCACAAUUAUCAAUAUUAAAAAAUAAAAACAAAAUCGCAAAUAAAAUCUUAUGAUUAUCUGGGUUCAAGACGGAAGUCUAGGCACAGUAUUCCUGAACGAAAUUCCAUUUUAUUGAGUUUUCAUGCACAGAAAGAAAGAAAAAAAAAUGAGACUAGUAAAGAGUACAAGAUAGUUUAGACUUAGAACUGAACACCUUAGACCCUUGGGAAACAAGAAGGACAUAUGGUUACUGCACAACUUAAUUUCCUUUUUACGGCUUUUUUUCUUGUAUGAUUUUCCAUUCUUGAGUUUUUCACUCGAAAAUCAUCUGUAGCAUAUUCUAAAAGGUUGUCUGAGCAGUGAUCAAUUGUAUUAAGCCAAACCAUUAGAAGUAGUCAAACAAGCAAGCACAUGUAUCGGGUAGCGCUCAGCAACAUAAAGUAGGUAACGUUCGCAAUGUAAAUGAUCACACUAGGUAGCGUUCAUGAAGGAUUAUCAAGCAACUGAAUAGCGUCGGGCGAAGCAAAUGUUACCAGGAUCCCAUUCGACAAAACCAUGCACUCGAAGUGGCCAAGGAUGAAUGACUCGGUAUUCAUCGAUUUCACUGGAAUAUCAAGAUGGGAUCUGUGAAGGGCGAUUUUUUUUUUUUCAAAGGAGAGUCCUCAACAUCCUGGGUUCCCUUCAGCCCCUCUGAAAGGACAAAGGGCGUCUCCCUUCGACCAUUGCUAUCAGUUAUGCAGUUGCGUGGCACAGACUCAGUCCAGAGUGCCUUUUCGUGUAUCAGUCUCUAGUGCCAAAGGUAGAUGUCUGUGAAUUGCUAAAUCACCCGUUUCCUUAAUCUUUCUAAAUGUCUUUUCUCCACUUGGUCGAUGUAUCACAACAUCAAAACAUUACACUUCAAAGCUUUAUUACUUUAUUUUUCAUGCAUUGUAAACGACAGUGCUUGUUUGAAAGUUUAACUUAUGUGAACUAAUUCUGAGUCAUACAUCUUUUCCUUUAUAUUUCAGCUGAUUUCUUUGACUUAUUUCUUGCCAAGAAUAUAUGGCAUGAAAGUUAGUAGUGUUUUAAAAGUUCAUUGUUAUUGCUCUUUUGUUAAGAGUAUGAUCUUGUUACUUUAAUAACAACAGUAAACUUAUUUUACAUUCUCUUUUUUUAUGCCUGUGAGUGUCUGUCAUUACGCUGUUAUUCUCAUCUGCUCCCCAAAAACAAAAUGAAAGUUAUCUGAUGUGUAUAUAUUUAGAUAUGAUGGAAUGUACAUACAAUUGUAUAUAUAGACAUAAAGCGCCACUUUUUCACACCCCAGUUAAUUUUUAGAGAAAAAUAAGAAGGAACUGUAACUCAUAUUUAUUGUAAAGGUUUUGGUAGAAAGUCUUGUAAAUAUUAUAUAAGUUUUCGUAACUUAUUUUACAAUGCAAGAGACCAUCUUGAUAAAAAUGUCCGAAACUGCUGUAUAUAUUCAGUUAAAUAUAUGUGAUCAAAACCCACA